AUGGAUGAAACGUAUAGCCUUCAUUCCACGAGUGAUUACUCGGAUAAGGCCUUGAUGUCACCGGAUAACCUGAUUAUUCCGGCGGAGUAUGCCCUGAUUUUCUCCGGCGACCAUCACAGCUAUCCCAUAUCGGGAUCGACCGAGAAUAUCAAUUUCCCGUGUUUAGUGGCAACAGAAGUGGCGUCUAUUAAUCCACAAACAGAAAAAGGAAAACCUGAAGAUGAACAUGGACAUGGUUCCAGUUCGAUCAAGGCAAAAAUUGCUUCUCAUCCUUCAUACCCAAAAUUGCUCAAUGCUUAUCUGGACUGUCAAAAGGUUGGAGCACCCCCAGAAAUAGCAUCUUUGCUUGACGAAAUCAAUCGAGAAUACGAGUUUUGUAAGCAAGAUGAACUUUCCGUUUGCUUAGGAGUUGAUCCUGAGCUCGACGACUUCAUGGAAACAUACUAUGACAUAUUGGUGAAGUACAAAUCAGAUCUUUCAAGGCCUUUUGAUGAAGCAAUGUCGUUUCUCAGUGAGAUUGAAACUCAACUGGGCAAUCUUUGCAAAGAUGAUGGAGUUUUGUCUCCGGACGAGGAGUUCAUCGAAGUAACAGAGGUACACAAUAAACAAAUCAUGAGCGGCGAUCGUGAACUUAAAGACAUGCUCAUAUUUAGAUACGGUAGCCAAAUAAAUAACCUAAAGCAAGGAUUUUCGAAGAAGAAAAAGGGAAAACUUCCAAAUGAUGCAAAGAGAACAUUGCUUCAGUGGUGGAAUACUCACUACAAAUGGCCUUAUCCGACGGAAGCCGAUAAAAUCACACUAGCCGAAUCCACAGGACUGGAUCAGAAACAAAUUACCAACUGGUUUAUAAACCAAAGAAAACGGCAUUGGAAACCAUCUGAUAACAUGCAGUUCACAGUAAUGGACAAUAUAUCUGAUGAAUUCUUCAUCAAUGCUGAUUAA